AUGACUGCUUAUCCAAAGAUCAAUGGCGAGCAUGCUGACCCCAGUCGGUUGCUCGUACAUGACAUUCUUCGGCGAGAAUGGUGCUACAACGGCUUCGUCAUGAGCGAUUGGGGUGGCCUGAACGACAUCGUGCCUAGUAUUCUGGCCACCACAGCCCUCGAGAUGCCUAGGCCGCCUCUCUGGUACGGCAAAGCACUCUUGAAGGCUGGAAAGGCCGAGCAUGUGUUUGAGACUGAGCACAUUGACCCGGGCGUGCGCCGUCUGCUCGUCCUGCUGCGGAAGACACGAGCAUUGAUCAGUGAGCGAGAAAAUUAA